AUGGACAAUCGAAAAGCGGAAAAACUACCACCACCGCCGCCAUUACCUGCAAAAGGUGUGCCGGAAAAACUACCACCACCACCACCGCCAUUACCUCCAAAAGGUGUGCCCGAAAAAGCCGGCAGAAGUAAACGUCUUCCAAUGGCCAGGCGGGGAUUGGGUUCGAGAGGACAAAACAUCUCACUCUUGACCAACCACUUCAAAGUCUCCGUAUCAAAGACCGAUGGUUCUUUCUACCAUUACAGUGUCACGAUCAAAUACGAAGACGAUACCCCUGUCGACGCAAAAGGAGUCGGACGAAAGAUCAUUGACCAGGUCUAUGAGACCUACAACACCGAGCUUGCCGGCAAAAGAUUCGCGUACGAUGGUGAGAAAAGCUUGUUCAGUGUGGGUCCUCUGCCUCAUAACAAGCUCGAAUUUACCGUGGUCAUGUCCGAAGUGUCAUCGAGCAGUAGGGGUACUGGGAAUCAUAGUCCAGAAGCUGAUGGUAGCCCAAGUGAAAGUGAUCGCAAGAGAUCAAGAAGGCGGCCUCAUACCAAAACAUACAAAGUGGCCAUUAACUUUGCUGCCAAGAUCCCAAUGUCAGCAAUAGCAAAUGCACUUCGUGGCCAUGAGACCGAACAUUUUCAAGAGGCUGUGAGAGUUCUUGAUAUCAUGUUGAGGCAGAAUGCCGCACAAAAGGGCUGUCUUUUGGUGCGGCAGUCUUUUUUCCACAAUGAACCGAGGAACUUUGUGGACUUGGGGGGUGGUGUGGUUGGCUGUAGGGGAUUUCAUUCUAGCUUUAGGGCCACUCAAGGUGGUCUUUCUUUGAAUAUGGAUGUAUCGACUACAAUGAUUGUGAAGCCUGGGCCAGUAGUUGAAUUCCUUCUUUCAAAUCAAAAAAUUGAUCAUCCCGACAGGAUUGAUUGGGUUAAGGCAAAGAGAAUGCUGAAGAAUCUGAGGAUCAAGACAACCAACACAAAUAUGGAAUACAAGAUUUAUGGUUUGAGUGAUAUGAUAUGCAGGGAACAAACAUUCUUACUGAAACAAGGAAGAGCUGGUGGGUCAAGUGAACCACAGGAACUUAAUGUGACUGUGUAUGAGUAUUUUGUCCAACAUCGUAAUAUCCGGCUCAAGUACUCUGGGGACUAUCCUUGUGUGAAUGUUGGCAAACCAAAGCGUCCUGUUUACAUACCUAUCGAGCUAUGCACGUUGGUCUCCUUACAACGUUAUACCAAAUCCUUGUCCAAUCUACAGAGAGCCUCUCUUGUAGAAAAAUCUCGUCAGAAGCCACAAGAGAGGAUGAACGCCUUACAGCAAGCAUUCAGCAGCAGCAAGUAUUCUGCCGAUCCUCUUCUAGUAUCUUCCGGCAUUACAAUCAGCACUGACUUCACUCGAAUCCAAGGCAGAGUUUUGGCAGCUCCCAAGUUAAGAGUUGGUAAAGGGGAGGACUUUGUCCCAAGCAGAGGGCGGUGGAACUUUAAUUAUAAGCACCUGGUUGAGCCUGUAAAGCUCGAGAGGUGGAUCGUAGUGAACUUUUCUGCACGGUGUCACAUGGAAAAACUAUGCGAGGACCUGAUAAGAUGUGGGCAGAUGAAAGGCAUAUCAAUAACUCGACCUUAUGAGGUGUUUCAAGAGAGGACAGAAUAUAGAAAUGCCCCUCCUACUGUUAGGGUAGAUAAGAUGUUUGAGAUGAUCAAGGCACGACUUCCCGGAACUCCUCAGUUCAUCCUCUGCCUUUUGUCAGACAGGAAAAACUCCGAUGUUUAUGGCCCAUGGAAGAUGAAAAAUCUCUCUGAAUUCGGGAUAGUGACUCAGUGCAUUGCUCCCACACGGGUCAACGAUCAGUACCUGACGAAUGUUCUUCUGAAGAUCAAUGCCAAGCUUGGUGGCAUCAACUCACUGUUGACAAUCGAGCAUACUUCAAAUAUACCCCUCGUUUCUCAAGUCCCCACGCUGAUAAUCGGGAUGGAUGUCUCGCAUGGCUCUCCCGGUCGAUCGGAUGUUCCAUCUAUUGCUGCCGUGGUUAGUUCAAGGCAUUGGCCGCUCAUAUCUAAAUACCGAGCAGCAGUUCGUACUCAGUCGCCAAAGAUGGAGAUGGUCGAUUCCCUUUUCAAGAAAGUGUCCGAUAAUGAGGACAAAGGCAUUUUCAGGGAGGCAGUGAUGGAUUUCUACAGAAGUUCACGCAAGAAACCGGAGCAAAUUAUUAUCUUUCGGGAUGGCGUGAGUGAGUCUCAGUUCAACCAAGUUCUCAACAUCGAACUCGAGCAGAUGAUCGAGGCUUGCAAGUUUCUGGAUGAGAAAUGGGAUCCCAAAUUUAUGGUGGUCGUGGCACAAAAGAACCAUCACACGAAGUUUUUCCAGUCGAACGGCCCAGAUAAUGUUCCAGCAGGGACUGUAAUCGAUACUGGAAUAUGCCACCCGAGGAACAAUGAUUUCUACAUGUGUGCUCAUGCUGGCAUGAUUGGGACCACUCGACCGACUCAUUAUCACGUUCUGUAUGAUGAGAUUGGCUUCUCUGCAGAUGAUGUGCAGGAGCUCGUUCACUCGCUAUCCUACGUGUAUCAGAGAAGCACCACUGCCAUCUCCAUAGUUGCUCCUAUCUGCUACGCACACCUUGCGGCUGCCCAGAUGUCACAGUUUAUAAAGUUGGACGACGUUUCGGACAAAUCGAGCCAGCACAGUGGAGGGACUUCGACCGGUGGAGGAGCUUCGGUGCCCCAGCUCCCGGUUCUGCAUGAGAGGAUCACCAAUACAAUGUUCUUUUGCUGA